AUGAAUUGCGUGAUAGCGUGGGGUAUACCAGCAAUCAUCGUUGGAUGUGUGGUUAUAUUCAAAUUCGAUGCGUAUGGUAAUGACGAAAGAUGCUGGAUUUCCAAUUCCACCAUUUUCUUCGCAACUUUCUUCGCACCUGCCAUUCUGAUUGUUCUGAUCAAUCUAGUGGUGUUCGUUAUAGUCAUGUGGGUCUUGGCCAAUCGACACUUCGAUGCCCGACGCUACACUGUAGGUAGCAAACAGCGCGAUAUCUCGCGAGGACGGAGGGAGAUAUUAGGCAUCAUAUCCAUAACCGCUUUGCUUGGUUUGACCUGGCUCUUUGGCGGUUUCUCCGUGGGAGAAGGCGUCCGGAUGACUUCCCUUUAUCUCUUCACAAUCUUCAAUUCUGCUCAGGGUUUCUUUAUCUUCGUCUUCUACGGUGCCCUUUCCUUCGUCACCACCAGGGGGAAGACCAGCCUUGCCUCCCCGUCUCCCUUUACCAAUACUACGGGUAAGAAGUGCAGGGAGCUCUCGGUGCCUAACAAGACUCUUAACAAGAAACUCCUCCGAUUACAACUUAGCCGGUCUCAGUCUGACAAACGGAACACCGUGGGUGAAACUUGGAUAACAUCGUGCAGUGAUGUGCGGCUGGAUUUCGGACGAGUCAACAAUGCUUUCGACGGAGACAUUGCCUGUAAUGAUGUCAAGGGGUCAAAGAUCACACUACACACUGGUUCCCGGACUGAUGAAACGACCCUCGUUGGAUUUGUUCUUUCUGCUGGCAUUUUACAUACUGGAAACCAGCGGAGCAGCUUCGACGAACGAGUGGACUGCCGGUAUACCGUUUGGGUCGAAUCGGAUAAUCGACUCCGGGAAGAAUUCGUAGUUGGGACUGGUAUAAUAUUCUGUGGAAAACAGUCUAGUAUCGAUUUCCUACAACCUAUACCGUAAUCGACUGACUGUUGGCUUUCAGGGAAAUGUCAAUGUCGUCAAAUUAAUGACAUUCUGGACCCUAGUUGCUGCAAAGUGUUGGUGGUAAAAAUUGUGUUAGAGAGUCUACCAUUACCUGUUUUGUUUAUACAGCUAUAAAUACGCUUAAGAAACCUGCAUAGAAACACAUUACUAUGAGAAGUAACUGGUGAUCGGUUUCAAAUAGUUUGUUUCAAGAAUGGAAUUGCUUUUGAUUGGAAUCAAUUUUCUUGUAUAUUGCAUAUCUUAACAUUAUGACGUCGGUGAAUAUAAUUUGGGGAAUCAAGUGGAUUUCUUUGCCUGAAUUUCGCCUUAUUGGACACAAGUUCGAAUCCCACUUCAGACCAAAGCCUUGCCUAUGGAUUGGGUGCCCAACCCUUACCCAACGUGGGGGGCUUCUUCCUGGAUUUUCUUCCCACUGUUAAUAGCUGUCCUACCACCUCCCCUGUUCAUCCUGUUGGUGGUCCUAUUUGUGCUGUCGGAUGUGUAAAAACUAAAUUAUUAUUAGCAACAAAAAUGUUGUUGAUGUUUGAUAUUUUAACCGAAAGUGCAUGGAAACAAAUAUACAUAAUAACCUGUGA